GAAUAAGGGGGGGUAGUGGUGCUUAAAAAUAAGGUCUCAUUUCUCACUCUCGCUCUCUCUUUUUUUUUUCUUGUUUCUUGUUUCUCACUCUCUCUCUCUUUUUUGCACUCGUUCUUAUUUCUAUGGCAGGUUUAUCCAUCAACACAUUAAAACAGUCCAACAAGUCCUUGACUUUUUGUUUUUACGUUUCUGGACACGGAUGGGGACAUGCAACUCGUGCAAACCAAGUCAUUCUCGACCUUUUAAAACUACCAGCACGUCAUAAAGUUCAUGUGAUCUCUACAGCCACUGACUUUAUCUUUCAAGGUGUGAUAGAGGUAGGCGCCAUCUAUCGUCAUGCAGAUAUUGAUGCUGGUGUAGUUCAGCCAUUACCUUAUACCGUCGACCGUGACCAAACCAUUAAAAAUCUCACCGCCUUUCUCGAAAGAAGACCCGCUACUUUGCUUGCCGAAAUCGAUUGGCUGAAGCAGGUGGGCGCAGACUGUGUUAUCUGCGACGCCCCUUUCCUCCCUUGUGCAGCAGCGGCCAAAGUAGGUAUACCAGCAGUGAUAUCCAGUAAUUUCACAUUUGAUGAAGUGUAUAUGGGAUUAUGUGAAGGAGAUGAUUUAGAUGAGGAUAUCCGACAAAUGGUUCAACAAGUGAUAUUGGAUUAUAGACAUGCCGAUCUCCUUAUCCGAUUACCGGGUGCUAUUCGUAUCCCAUCGUUUGAUGAUGCUUCUGGACUCGUACCUCAUACACCGUUUAAUGUGAACUUUCCAGAAUCUUUUCGACGUAAAGGUGUGGCUAAUGGUAAAACGCAAUUACCCUGCACCAGUAUAUCCAACGUUCAACACACCACGCCCUUUGCCGAUUUAACACCUCCCUUCACACGUCGCAUCAUUGAUGUCCCUCUCGUCUUUCGUAAAUAUCGUACUCCGCGUGAACAAGUCUUGGAAUCUGUGGGCAUUCCUAAAAAAGUAUAUGACACACACAAGAUCUUGUUACUCUCAUUUGGUGGACAAUUACUAGCAGAUGGUACAUGGGGGAAUCCUUUACCUCCCGGUUGGAUCUGCAUUGUUUGUGCUGCCCCAGAUACCAUUGCUAUGCCCCCACUUUUUUAUCGUGCAGCUAAAGAUGCCUAUGUCCCCGAUCUCACAAACGCCUGUGAUGUGCUCCUGGGUAAAUUAGGCUAUGGUACAUGUUCAGAAUGUAUCGGCCAUCGUACACCCUUUGUCUAUGUGCCACGACCUCAGUUCAUUGAAGAACAAGGUUUAUUAAAACUUAUGCAUGAUCAGGGUAGUGCUGUCGAAUUAGACAGACAUGAUUUCGAGGCUGGGCGAUGGCAGACAGCCAUUCAACACGCAGCGCGAUUGUCCGGCACCUGUCAAGACACGCAGCUGCGUGUCCCUCACAACGGCGGAGAGAUUGCAGCUGCCAGUAUCGAAAAGUUCGUGGGUGAAUGGACCUUUCAUCAUUUAAAACUACAAUUACAAAAACAACAACAACAUUCGCCUUUAUUCUCUCCUGCUCCAAAAAUUAUAUCACAAUAA